AUGAAGUGGUGCUCCAUUUUACUGACUUUCGUCUUGCUGACCGGCUGGUGUUGCCAGCCUGUAUCUGGAGACUUUGUGACCUCUGAUGAACACCCAGACGUUGGACAUGAUGAGGAUGUACACCCCAACACUCUCACAGAAACAAUUGGGGAUGUACUGGACAUGGACAUCCAAACAAGCAGGGAUGUGCUAGACACAAACAUUGAAACAAACUGGGACAUACGCGACAACUAUGAGGAUGCUGACUGGCAUCCUCCUUCGUCUCACCUGGAAACACACUCCGACCUGUCGCCGGAAGCCCCGCUGGUGAUACACAGUAGCAAAACAGCUGUGGACGACAGCGCCGUCCAAACCUUCAACCAGACUGCUGGCAGUUCAUCUGAGCACUGUGGAGAAUACGGCAGCCAGCUGACGUCCAACGGCCAGUGCAGGUUCAUAGCAACGCUGCCACCGGUGCGGGUGGGAACGUCGCAGAAAAGCUGCCCGGAUAUGUUCCGCUGCACCGAAGACAUCUCGCAUUGGCUCCACGAGAACCAGAACAGGAAGGAUCACGCUGCUGUACGAGCUGCAGGCGCAGCUCCACAACCUUUCGGCCACCGUGCGGGGCAUGAGCCGAAUGAACACGGGCUGCACGAUCAAGGUCAUCCGAACUACACCGCUGCUCAACAUGCGAGACACGCUGCCACCAGGUACACAUACAACAGACACAGUGACAGACAGUACCUGUCUCUCUGUCCAUCAGACUGUGCAUCUCUGUAUCACAAUGGUGUUCGUCGUUCUGGAGUUUACAACAUUGCCCUGACGCCAGGCACCACCCUGCCCGUCUACUGCGACAUGGAGACGGAGGGCGGGGGCUGGAUGGUGUUUCAGCGGCGGCGUGAUGGCUCUGUGAGUUUCAACCGUGGCUGGUCGGAGUAUCGUGGCGGCUUUGGUGACCCACGUGGAGAACACUGGCUGGGCAACCAACAGCUCCACCUACUGUCCAACCAUGGCCACUACAGCCUCCGCAUCGACCUGCAAGACUGGAGCCAUGCCCACAAACACGCCCUGUACCACACCUUCAGGAUAGAUAAUGAAGAGAACCGGUACCGCCUACAUGUGUCUGGUUUCAGUGGAACCGUGGAGGAUUCGUUCGGUUGGUACCACAACCAGCAGAGCUUCAGCACACCGGACACGGGGAACAUCUGUGCUGAGAUCAGCCAUGCCGGCUGGUGGUUCCACCAGUGUUUCUACGCCAACCUCAACGGUGUCUACUACAAGGUAGGACACGAGAAUCCAGAACAAUGGAGGACUAACGUUGUUAUGUUGGAUAAAUAUGUUACUAAUGUUGAAACUAUGUUUCCCCACCAGGGCGGGCGAUACUCUCUGAAGGCUCAGAACUUGCUCGGGCCGGACGGCAUCGUCUGGUUCUCCUGGAAAGAUUCAGACUUCUACUCUCUGAAGGCGGUCACCAUGAUGAUACGGCCACGCAACUUCAGGCCACACCUGUCGCCAUAGCAACGUUGUGUGUGUGUGUGUUGUCAUUGAGGAACAAGCUGCGUCUAAAAGCACUUCCUAUAGAGUACCAAAUGUAUUAAUCCGCUGCUGAAAAUAGUCCCCAACUAAUGCACUGUUUAUUUUAAGUUUGCUAAGAAAACUACAGUGACCAGCUGGUUUAUGAAAUCACUGAACCUUCAAACAAAUAAAAUAUAUAUUUGUAACCUAUUGUCUUUCGCAGAGUUUCUAAAGAUUGUGCUCUUCAAGAGGGUGUAGGAGCAUGCAGGGUAUAUUUGAUUUACAUUUACUUCUCUCUCCUGAUAGCUAACCUCCACCUGUCACCUCAGUUUAAG